GACCACGCCCAUUUUGUGGCCACACCUCCUAGGAAGUGCAGAUAUUUCACUUGAACUGGUCCCCUUUAUCACCCAAAUGAACUGGCCUUGCAUCUAGUCAUCUAGCGCCACCAUGUGACUGAAUGAAGAAAUUGAAUUUUAUUCCUCACCUUAUAGGGCAGUUAAUCUUGUUCUUACUAAUCUGAAGGGGAAUCCAAACAGGAAAGAUUUAAAGAGCAAACAGUUUACGCUGAGUAGAGAGAAUGGUGCCAGGAGCUAAACCCACGGCUGCUCACGGUGCUGGGAGGGGGGGGCGACAACAAAGCCAAUACUGUACACAGAUUAGGGGAUCACAGGACCUGGGAAACGGGUUGAACAAUUCAACAGCAGAUCUCAGGGGGGGAAAGAGAACGACCAGUGGGACACAAGAGCCGUGUGCAACUGUCUCUCCAGCAGUGCCCAUCUACUCGUCCCUAUGACUGUGACUUACAGCAAUUGUGUGGCAGAUGCCCGGCUUGGCACCUUCUCUCGCUUGCUCCUUCGAUGGCGUGGCAGCAUCUACAAGCUGUUGUACAGGGAGUUCCUCAUCUUCAUCAGCUGCUACUUCAUCAUCAGCGUCACUUACAGGUUCCUACUCAAUGAGCAGCAGCGGAUUUAUUUUGAGAAGCUGGCAUUGUACUGUAAUAACUAUGCAGAGCUGAUCCCUGUGUCAUUUGUAUUAGGUUUCUAUGUAACUCUGGUGGUCUCCCGCUGGUGGGGACAGUAUGAGAGUGUCCCAUGGCCAGACCGCUUGAUGUGCCUGGUGUCCAGUAAUGUGCAUGGGACAGACGAGAGAGGAAGGAUGUUCCGUCGGACACUCAUGAGAUAUGCCAACCUGACAGGCCUGCUCAUCCUACGCUCAGUUAGCACUGCAGUCUACAUGAGGUUCCCCACCUUGCAGCAUGUUGUCAAUGCAGGUUUCAUGACCCCCACGGAACACUUGAAGUUUGACAGCCUGGUCUCCUCGCACAACAAGUUCUGGGUGCCGUGCGUAUGGUUUGCCAAUCUGGCGGUGACAGCACGGAGCGAGGGGAGAAUCCCUGACAAUGUUGUUCUCCAGCUUAUCCUCAAAGAGCUGAAUUCUCUGAGGACACAAUGUGGAAGACUGUAUGGCUAUGACUGGAUUAGUGUCCCAUUGGUUUAUACCCAGGUGGUCACGGUGGCCGUGUACAGCUUUUUUCUGGCUUGCCUGAUUGGCCGACAGUUUCUAGAUCCUCAGAAAGGUUAUCCUGGGCAUGAUAUGGACCUGUAUGUUCCAGUCUUCACCCUGCUGCAGUUUUUCUUCUAUGCUGGUUGGUUAAAGGUAGCGGAACAGCUGAUCAAUCCCUUUGGACAAGAUGAUGACGACUUUGAGACCAACUGGCUAAUUGAUAGGAACCUGCAGGUCUCUCUGUUAGCAGUGGAUGAGAUGCACCAACAUGUCCCUCCUCUGGAAAAGGAUAUCUACUGGAAUGAUUCCGACCCCCAGCCACCGUACACGGCAUCCACGGUGGAAACUCGCCGGCCAUCUUACCAGGGAUCUGCGUUUGAUAUUAGUUUGCAGAAAGAGGAUCUGGAGUUCCAGCCUCUUGAGCAGAUCAAUGAAAAUGAGGAGGCCAAUCACUCUACCCCGCUUCUGGGUCCACUUGGACGACUUCUGGGUGUCAACUCCCCAGGCCCCCAACGUUCAACCUCCCGCUUGAGCCUCCUAAUGAGAAGAAGAAAUAGGGCCCCAGUUGGUCUUCCUCAAUGUAAUCACCGUGACCCAGGCAACACAAAGUGUGGUGAAGCCCUACGGGAUCUCAAUGUGUUUAUGACAACUCCUUAUUAUGAGAGGCCAGGGUUUUAUAGUGCUCCCCAGACUCCACUUAAUGGGGGCCCUACAGUUUGUCCACCUCGUUUUUCUACCCAUGGAAACACAACAGUGUUUACUACACACUGGGCUAGAAAAAAAACACCUAUGGGUGAAGCUGCAGUGGAAUCCUCUAGUCUAUCUCCUGGAUCUAAGACCUGCUUUGUGUGGCCACCUGGAAGCAUGGAAGAAGAUGAGGAAGGAAUCAUAAGUAAUGGCGAAAGUGUUACCACCUUGCAAUCAGAACAUGCAGGGAAUGUACAAGUCCCCAGUAAGUUACCCAGGGCCCUGCGCCUGUCUUCAUUGAUUCAGGGAAAUUCUGCCCGGGCUUCACCUGAUGCCUUACAAACACCAGGACAUCGAGCACCUCACUCCAUCUUCUCCUUUUCUCCUGUUACCUCCCCAGUUCUCCAGCGGGCAUCUAUUGCUAGACCGGGACAGUCAGAUGGAGAAAGUGAAGUGAGCAACAAAGAGCAGCACAUGUCCCAGUGUCCCUCCUCCAUGGACUCUGGGAUUAGUUUGGCAGAAGGUGACUUUACUGAGCUUAUGGAAGUCAUAAUGGAAGAUGGGGAGAUUUCAGAGCAAGCUGAAGAAAAGAGUGGUUGAAAAACAAUGCUAGUCUGUUUGACAAAAUGAAUAAAGAGAUCCAAUACUUUCACUUGAAUUUAAUAUAAAGUUGUAUAAUCAGUCAAAUAUGAAGACAUAGAAUAUAAUGAGCACACACCAAUGGUUUUAUGCAGGCUCCAUCUGAAUUCAACAGCACAGAAGUUUGUACGGUGUCCCAGCAAGAAACACCGUUUGAGGAAUUCCCUCAGUGAAUUCUAAUAUCCUUAUCAUUUAUAGUAGGGGGGUACAUUACCCCUUAUAAUACAUGAGUGAUACUC